CUCUCUUAAAAAAUAUUUUUUAUGCAAUCAUUUCUUAGUGCAGUAAAUUUAUUAAUUUUGUUAGUUCUGUUUGUCAACCUGUACAAUCAAUUAACGAAACAUUUCAUUAUCAUUUAGUCUCAAAGACAUUCAAAGAUUACAUUUAUAAUCGCAUUCAUCAUCAAAUCACUUACAUUCAUAAGAUCUAAUUCUGUAAGGAAAUUCUCAUUUCCAUUAGAUCUUGCAAACAUUCACAAACAUUCACAAUAUUCUAAGCAGAAUCAUUCGUAAACCUAAAGACCGAGAGUGGUCUUUUUCUUCGUUUAUUGUUACAAUUGAAUAUUCUGUGAUUUUACCAUCUGAUGUUGUAUAUGUUUUGCUGUAAAUAAAAGCGAUUAAGAAAGUAUUCAACAUCUACAUUCAUUUGAACCAGCACCUAACUAGGGAAGUGACUUUCCCACUCGUUCUAUUACGAACACAAUUUUGGUCCUUCGAUAGCCAGAUAUCAUUAUAUUCUGCAACUUUUCAUCAUUGAUUCAUCACAUUCAUCAAUCAUUCAUCACAUUCAUCAUGACAAGUGAAACCUUAAGCGAAAUACAUGAUGAUCACAAGCUUGGAAUUCUUCUUGAUCUUAUUCACGAGUACUUGGAGCACAGCAUUUGGCGCAAAGAGACUCUACAGACGGAAGCAAACUUCGUGCAAUCAAAAUAUCGUCUUAAUAUGGUUACUCAACUCGUCAAUCACAUCAAAGAUUUACAUCGAGAAGUUAAACUCAUUGUUAAAGAUCCUAACCUUUACAAAGAAGACUUCGAUAAAUUUUCUUCAACUUACAUUCAAGUAGUUUCUGCAUGGCAGCAUGAAAUUGAAACUGGAUUUCAAUUAAAUUCAUCUUCAACAUCACAACAACCAUCACAUCAAGGAGGAAUGGAAAUUCCAAUGAUAUCAAUCCCUGAUUUUGAUGAUUCAUAUUCAAAAUUGAUUGAAUAUCGCAACACCUCUGAAUCACUCGUCCACAAUAGCAAGAAAUUGUCAAAUCUUGAGAAGUUUCAACAUUCUUCCAUUAAACUUCCAUCCAACAUGCCCAACGUGCUCGCAAACUUCACGUCAAGCGAAGAAUCAUAUGAGCCAACAUGGCAGUCAGUGAAAAAUGGAUUUGAUAAUACACAUCAGCUAAAAAGUGCUUCCUUCGAUGCAUCAUUUACCUUCAAAAAGAUGAAUACAGAUAAUGCUACCAAAUUACGUAGAGUAAUUGAUCAUCAUUCAAUAUCUAAUACAUCUCGUGAAAAUUUAAAAUCUUCUAGUGAUGACACAUCACGCACAUUUUCAUCAGAAACUUCUUCGACAUUUGAAAGCAAUUCUUUGAUCUGUCCUAUUCGUCAGUCAUCACAUAAGAUAUUUGCUUGUCAGAAGUUCAUUUCAUCUACUCCAUUAGAGGGAUAUCAACUUGCCAAUAAUGCAAAAUGUUGUAUCAACUGUCUCUCUACAAAUCAUCAUACUUUUUCUGCAUCUCGAAGCAAUUCUUUGAUCUGUUCAAUUCGUCAGUCAUCACAUAAGAUAUUUGCUUGGCAGAAGUUCAGUUCUUCUACUCCAUCGGAGAGAUAUCAACUGGCCAAUAAUGCAAAAUGUUGUAUCAUCUGUCUCUCUACAAAUCAUCAACGAGAUGAACGUCCCUGCAUAACAUGCGAAAAACAUCAUCAUAAAUAUUUGCAUUUCGAAAGUUCAAACUUUGCUGAAAAUUCUUCGACAGAAUCAUAUUCUCGAUCGACUGCUGAUUGUUCAUGCGAGCGUUUUGUUCAUUCAUCUUCACCUCAACUGAAAGUUGGUGAAAUUCAACAAACAAUGACAGAUAUUAUUGCUCAUGCAAACCAAACAAAAGUCUUGUUAUCAACUGCAAUAUUCUUUAUUAAAGAUUCACAAUCAUCAUGGCAUCUUGUUCUAGUUCUUCUUGAUUCAGGAUCCGACGCUCAUUUCAUCACAUCGCGCUUAGCUCGCAAUCUUCAAUUGCAAUUAGUAAACAAAUCAUUGACUGUUGCAGACAUUAAAAAUGAAACCGUUCUUGUUCAUCAUGGAGUGGAAACGUUAAUACAAUCUCGCGACAAGAAUUUCCCAAUGUCGAUUCAAUGUUUUGUGCUCCACAACAUCACUCAUGUGCUUCCUAGCAUUUCAUUCAACAUACAUGCAAUUUCAUUUGAUAAGAUAUUAGGUGAUCCCAACUUCGACGUUCCAUUGCUCAUUGGUAUGCUGGUUGGAUCCGACGUAUUUUAUGAAUCAUUACAACACAUUCAAUUUCGAUUGCCUCAAGGUCCAAUUCUCACUCAAACACUUUUUGCUUGGAUUCUUGUUGGAACAUCACAUACAUCUCUGCCAGAACUGUCAGAAGAAUUGUGUGAAAUUUGGAAAGAUUUCGCUGGUCGCAUUUCUUUUCUCAAUACCAUCAAAACAUCACGUCAUAUUGUCAUCUCAAAUGCAGAACAUCAAAAAAUUCAUGGUUUUUGUGACAAUCCCAUUACAUCAUGGAGUGAUUCAAUAAUUACUUUGUAUUGGAUUACUACAACACAUUCCAAACUUACAACCUUUGCUGGAAUUCGUGUUUCAUCUAUUCAACAAUUCAUCAGUUCAUACACAUGGAAACAUAUUCGCUCUGAAGAAAAUCCAGCAGAUGUGAUAUCUCGUGUGCUUCAGCCUGAAGAAAUUGAACAUUGUGCUUUUUGGUGGAAUGCUCCAACUUUCUUCAAUUCAUCAUCAUCAUCAUCAUGGUCAGAAUCAAUACUUGCAAUCAACAAAGACGAUCCGCAAGUCAAAGUUGAAUCUCGCAAAGCGUUCACUGUCAUGAAAACAACAUAUCUUUUUCAUCUCAUCAUAAUCAAAAUCAUUCAAGAAACUCUUUUCGAUCGUGAGUACAAAUAUUUUCUUACCAUUUCUGGCUACUCGGAUUCGAAAGUUGAAUUUCCAAAGAACUCCAAAAUCAAAUCUUUGUCACCUCAUUUCGAUAAACAACAACAAGUCAUAAAAGUAGUAGAUCGCAUAGAACAAAGUCCUGGUCUCACUCAUGAACAAAAACAUCAAUUUGUUCUUCCCGAAUACAAAUUCACAAAAAUACUCAUUCAACAUAUUAGCAUAUUUUCUUUUGAACCCGAUAAUGAAUUUCGAAAAAUCUACAACAGACUACAAUCAUCUAUUGGCAAGCGUUUAGAAAUUAAAUUCAUUAAAUGGCAUUUUACAUCUUCAUCAUCACCUCACUCAGGAGGAUUUUAUGACAUCCAAGCUAAAUCAGCAAAACAUCAUUCAAAAUUUACGUUAGAAGAUUCAUCAUUCGACUUCAAACAAUUUUCCAUUCAUCUUUUCAAAAUUGAAGACAUCAAUUUUCGUUCUUUGAUACCUUUAUCCAAUGAUUCAAAGGAUUUCAAUGUUCUCACACCCAUACAUUUUCUCACUGGAAGAUUACUUGUUGCAAAACUUGAUCGCAAUUAUCUUGAUAUUCGAGCCAAUCGCCUUGAUUUUUGGAUUCGCACCCAGCAACUUCAACCGAAGUUUCGGCUCAACUGGUAGCAUGAUCAUUUACAUAAUUUGCAAGAACGAACAUUCAAGCUUCGAAACGAAAAUGUUCUUCAAGUUGUCUACAUUUCAUUCAUCAAUGAUGCAAAUUUAUCACCAAAACAUUGGAAGCCUGAGGGAAUUGAUAAACUCUACAUCUCAUCAAUUCAUCGAAUUGUCAUCAAAGCUAAAAUCAAAACCAUAUCAAAUGAUGGAAGUUUUCAUUUCUUCGAGCGUCAUAUCCGUCAUCUUUAUUUGCUAUUAUUAUUCGUCAUCUUUCCUGCCCGGCAGUGUGUUCCUGACGGAAAAUCAUUUCAUCAUUAUGCAAAUUUAACGGAUAAAAACCAUACAAUCAUUUUAAAAUUAAUUUAGUAGUAGAAUGCUAAAAUGCUAAAAACGCGCCAUCUUAUCACUCUCUUAAAAAAUAUUUUUUAUGCAAUCAUUUCUUAGUGCAGUAAAUUUAUUAAUUUUGUUAGUUCUGUUUGUCAACCUGUACAAUCAAUUAACGAAACAUUUCAUUAUCAUUUAGUCUCAAAGACAUUCAAAGAUUACAUUUAUAAUCGCAUUCAUCAUCAAAUCACUUACAUUCAUAAGAUCUAAUUCUGUAAGGAAAUUCUCAUUUCCAUUAGAUCUUGCAAACAUUCACAAACAUUCACAAUAUUCUAAGCAGAAUCAUUCGUAAACCUAAAGACCGAGAG